AGUAUUCGAUAUUCUGGAUGAUCAAAAAUCAAUAUUUUUUUUCUCAGAGCGGCCUUAGAUGGGAGGAAUACAAAAAUAGCUGUAUUAUUGAUACAAAGGGAAGCCCCUCCAUCUCCUGGUACUGAAGAUAUGGUAGCUACAGAGCGAGCAACUGCACUUUGUGCUGCAUGCGAGUUACCAGCAAAAACUCUUUAUUUUUUACCUUAUGCAGAUCAUUUAUUAGGCUACACAUUUAGAUUAGAGCAUGUUUUAUACAACUUAGCCCAAAGUUUUUAUCAUCAAGAAUAUCGAAUAGUAAUAAGAGUCAUAGAGAACAAUUAAACAAAACUGGCCAUCGAUACUUAUUUGCAAGACAUCAAUUCAAAAUGGCUUUUCUGAAGAUUAAAGCAAUAUAUUGUAAACCAAAUUUAAUGUCAAAACUAUGUUCAAUUAAUUAUAAACUGUAUGCUGGACAAAAUUUUAGCAUGAGCAAAAUUUCAAGUUAUUUUAAAAUAAAAUACGUAUGAUUCGUCUUUCAGUUUGAAGCUAUUAAUCGCUUACUUAUACAAU